AUGGCCAAGUUCCACGCGCCUGUGAUCCAGGACAACCCGUCGGGAUGGGGUCCCUGCGCCGUGCCGGAAAAGUUCAAGGACAUGCCUUACCAACCGUUCAGCAAAGGGGACCGCCUGGGAAAGGUCGCUGACUGGACCGGAGCCACAUACCAGGACAAAAGAUACACCAACAAGUACUCCUCUCAGUUCGGAGGUGGCAGUCAGUAUGCUUACUUUCACGAGGAGGAUGAGACCAGCUUCCAGUUGGUGGACACGGCCAAGAUGCAGAAGACUGCCUACCAGAGGAAUCGCAUGCGAUUUGCUCAGAGGAACCUGCGCCGGGACAAGGACCGCCGCAACCUUACACAGUUCAACAUGCAGACGCUGCCUAAGAGCGCCAAGCAAAAGGAGAGGGAUCGAAUGCGUCUGCAGAAGAAGUUCCAGAAACAGUUUGGCGUUAGGCAGAAGUGGGAUCAGAAGUCUCAGGCUCAACUGAAACCUCGCGAUUCUUCAGUAGAGGUCCGCAGCGACUGGGAGGUGAAGGAGGAAAUGGACUUCCCGCGCCUCAUGAAGAUGCGUUACAUGGAAGUGGCAGACCCUGUGGAUAUCGAGUGCUGCGGCGCUUUGGAGUACUACGACAAGGCCUUCGAUCGUAUUACCACGCGUAACGAGAAGUCUCUGAAGAGCAUCAAGAGGAUCUUCCACACAGUCACCACCACUGAUGACCCCGUCAUCCGCAAGCUGGCUAAGACCCAAGGCAACGUAUUCGCCACGGACGCCAUCCUUGCCACACUGAUGUGCUGCACGCGAUCAGUCAACUCGUGGGACAUCAUCGUGCAGCGAGUCGGCAACAAGCUCUUCUUCGACAAGCGAGACAACUCGGACUUCGAUCUACUGACCGUCAGCGAGACGGCCAACGAGCCGCCACAGGACGAGGGCAACUCCUUCAACUCGCCGCGUAACUUGGCCAUGGAGGCCACCUACAUCAACCAUAACUUCAGCCAGCAGUGCUUGCGUAUGGGUGGAGAGCGUUACAAGUUUCCUGCCAGCAACCCCUUUGUGGAGGAGGACAUGGACAAGAGCGAGGUGGCAUCUGUCGCUUACAGGUACCGUCACUGGAAGCUGGGUGAAGAUAUCGACCUAAUCGUCCGCUGUGAGCACGAUGGCGUGAUGACCGGCGCCAACGGGGAAGUGUCCUUCAUUAAUAUCAAGACCCUCAACGAGUGGGACUCUAGGCAUUGCAACGGCGUCGACUGGCGCCAGAAGCUGGAUUCGCAGCGCGGUGCCGUCUUGGCCACCGAACUGAAGAACAACAGUUACAAGUUGGCCCGCUGGACCUGCUGCGCCAUGCUGGCCGGCUCAGAGUACCUCAAGCUGGGCUACGUGUCCCGCUACCAUGUGAAGGACUCUGCCCGCCACGUUGUUCUGGGCACCCAACAGUUCAAGCCCAAUGAGUUUGCCAGCCAGAUCAACCUGAGCAUGGAGAACGCCUGGGGCAUCCUGCGCUGCGUCAUCGACAUUUGCCGCAAGCUGGAAGAGGGCAAGUACCUCAUCCUCAAGGACCCCAACAAGCAAGUCAUCCGCGUCUACAGCCUGCCCGAUGGAACCUUUAGCUCUGAUGAAGAGGAGGAGGAAGAGGAUGAAGAAGAGGACGAGGAGGAAGAAGAUGAAGAGAACUAA